AUGUCGAAUAUUUCAACGUACGGUCAGUUGCUAACGGAAGUUCCGCCGAAAAUUCCAUUCAUCCCAGCCUGGGUUUCCUUUACGUGCACGGUCGUCUUGACGCUUGUGUUCCUCAUUUGCGUUUUCGGCAACUCAAUCGUCUGCGCCGUACAGAUGCGCCAGGUGCGCCGCUCAAGCACUGACUACUUUGUGAUGACCAUGGCGGCGUUUGACCUCUUCACGGGACUGGCGAUUCUUCCAGUGACUGUGGUGUCGCUGCACUUACCUCUCUGGCUGAUGGUCGCCAGUGACGCAAUCUGUAAAAUGCUAAAUUACUGCCAAUACUCGGGUAACAUCGUAACGACCGUCCUUCUGUCUGUUAUUGCAUUGGACCGGUACUUUAAGGUAUGUAGGCCGCAUUCACACGUGCUCAGCGCAACCACAGCGCGGCGGAUGUGCAUCGUUUUGUCCGCCGUUGCCUUGAUCGCAUUUUUGCCCACUACCCUCACAGUGAAACUAGACUUGACAUAUAUGGUGUGUUUACGUACCGGCGACUUAACCUAUAUCUUUGACUCUAUACUAGCGUUGGCAUUCGUUGGGCUGUUUGGAAUUACGUCAGUUUCCUACAUUCUUGUAGCUAAAGCGUUACAAAAACGAACACGAAUUCAUAAUAUUAUGGUUGUCGCACCUCAAACAAGACAAAACAUCUUGUCCAUGAAUCAGCGUGUAAAACCAGUGGAAGGCAAUUGCCGAGAAACACAGCCGAAUACAUCAACUUUAAACCAAGAACAAAAAGGUAAACUAAGUGUCAUCCCUAAAAUGAUAGUGGAUGCGUCAAACACAAACGUCCGACGACUUCAGGCUGUCCAUCACAAUCAGCCAUCACCAAGGGCAAACCAAACGACAUCAGCGGUAGGUCGAGGCCCGAUGCGCAUCCAGUUCGCCAUGUUUCUAAUAACGGUCGUGUAUGUGGUGUCGUGGAUUUUGACGUUGUUGGCGGUGGGCCUGGCGGAAGCCAAAUCUUGGUCGGAGAGCAGCUUGAUCCUGCGGCAAACGCUUCUGAAGGCGUACCUCGUGAAUUGCGCCACGAAUCCUGUGUUUUACAUCUGGCUAAGUUCCGAGUUCCGAGGUAAGGUGAAAGAAGCUCUCAAAUGCAACACCCGUUGA